UGGUCCGUCAGACCAGCUCUACUAGGUGUGGGCAGGAUAUGCUCAGUAACCUCUCUGUGCCGCUCAUAUAGAAUUAGCCCUGUAGAUUUAGCCUUUAGCAUCGAUGUUCAGGUCUCUCUGACAAAACCCUCCAAAUCUUCUGCGCGUGCACACACACAACCACACACACCUCAUGUUUCUUUAGCAGUCUGGGUGUUGUGCAGGCGAAGAGAAACAUCGCUGGCAGAGACGACCUGUGUGCGGCUACAUGUGUGACUGUUUACUCGCGGCUUCCCACACGGCCUUAGCUAACGGCUAGUUCUAUUAAGCGGACUUUCAUCACUCUUUUCGCCCUCGAUUGAUUUGUUUUUUUGCGGCAGCUUCAGAUCAACUAGUUAAGGAUUUAACUUUUUGUGUACUUGUUAAAAAGGACACUUUUAUUUUUUUCCUCAAAGACACUUCCUUUAGCCACUUUUGCUAACUCUAAAUAAGCUUCGGUUUUUUAUUUUAGCUGGAUCUCAUAAAUCAUGAUGUGGGAGUUCCGCUCUAUGAUGUUCUGGCGGGCGGUGUUCGCCGAGUUUUUCGGCACCAUGUUCUUCGUUUUCUUCGGGAUGGGCGCAGCGCUACGCUGGACCUCCGGGCCGUACCAUGUCUUCCACACCGCCCUCUGCUUCGGUUUCGCUGCUGCCACGCUCAUCCAAUCCAUCGGCCACAUCAGUGGAGGACACAUCAAUCCGGCCGUCACCUUCGCCUGCUUAGUCGGCUCUCAGAUGUCCUUUUUGUUUCCCCGUAUGCGGGGUCUCUCCGAGCGGCUAGCCACUCUCAAGGGCAGCCGAUCCCCAGAGGACGAGAACCAGCAGGAGACCCGCGGGGAGCCCAUCGAGCUGAAGACUCAAACCCUAUAAACCUGCUAAGAACCUGUGGACCGAAAUCUGGCUCUACCUCACUGGACCAUCUCGCCUCCUCAAGAAACAGUGAAUACGCCUCAGUUAAUAAAAUCCCGCGCUGAGGGUCGCAUAUCCUCGCUAAAAUCAUUAAGGGAGAUGAAUUGAGUACACUAUUUUGUUUAGUAUUCUAGGUUUGUUGCUGAUAUUAAUGCAGGGCAGGGGGCGGAGCUGAGGCAGGGUUAGGGUGGAUGUGGGCGGGGCUAGAGCUGUUUAUUUAGGCAUGCUUUUCACUUUUCAUCUGACUUCACUUUCACAAUUCAUUCUCAGUUUCGUUUUCUACAACACCAUGUGGAUGUAUGCAACUUAACCAGGGUUUCACACUUUUUACUUUUAAUUUCACGUGGGUGUGCAAGUGAGUGCAAAUGUGUGGGUAAUUUUGUGUGUGUGAGGGAGAACGUGCCCAGGUAUGUACGUGUGUUUAGCUUGUGUAUGAUGAUCAAGUGUAUGUGCGAGUGUGUCUGUCAGCUGAGCAAUUAUUUUGGGGUUUUAUCAUUACAGCUCACUCGUGUUUGUACCAUGCUUAUGGUUUUCUUUCUUUCUUAUUUUUACGGGACUCGAAGACACCCCAAACUGUAUUGUUUGCAAUGAUAUUCCAUUCACUUUGAUGUUCACACAAACCACCCGUGGACUGAGCUGUUUUAAACACAGCCGGUCUUUGCCGCCAGUCUUUGCAAUUACUUCUCAAGUUUACAGUGUCUGUGUUGCCUUUCAUUAACUCUUGUUUGAGGAUAACAUCCAAGACUGGGCAAAAAAAAGCAAUAUGAAUCAUAUCUGAAUGCAAAUAAAUACAUGAAAAAGAAAGAGUGUUUGUAUAUA